AUUGUUAGUGGAACGGGGUCUUAAUUGGAAAAAAUGUACUAUUUUUUCUCGUUUGUGGAACGACCCCGAAGUUAAUAACCUCACCGGAUUGUUUCACGGCGCCCACUGACUGACUGAAAUCGCAGACCAUAAACGGUCGUUUUACCAAGGGAAGCUUCUCAUCGUUCACAAGCCCGCAAAGUCAAGGGUUUCGCGUCCUGUUUCACCAUAUUUCUCGGAGGUCCGACAAUGGCUAGGGUUACGGUUCUGAUUACAAGUACUACGUGCUUCAACUUUUCUGGUUCCAUCGAGUAACCAAACUGAAGAGGAAUGCAUUAAAAAGGAGAUGGAGAAGCAUAAGAGAAGGAAGAAACAGUUCUUUCAGUCAUUGAGGUGCCUAUAUUUGCACUCAAUUUUCAAAGGAAACAUGAAACCAUGCUUUGAUUUGGUCUUCCCACUUGGCUCAAUGCCGCUGAAAACCUACCUUCCCGAUGGAGAUAUUGACCUCACUAUUGUCUGCCAUCCAAAUAUUGAGGAGGAUUUGGCUGUGCAUAUGUGCGUUUUCUUUGCACGGGAAGACCACAAGGACUCUCAGUUUGUUAUAAGAAAUGUUCAAUAUGUUCGCGCACAGAUUGACUGUAUGAUGCGGAUCAUAAGAGGUAAAAGAACACUUGAGCAAUCCCUGAAGAAAGCACGCAAAGAACUUUUCAAAAUGGAUAGCUUGUCAACUUCAACAGCACUUGAAGGUGCUCACAUGCAACUAACAUCACAAGAAGAGCACCAGACUCUUGGGUCCCAAAAAAAAAAGACUGAUAGCCAUGAAGAAUCAUCAACUUUUUGGGAACAAGAGAAGCUUAGUACCAAACCGAACUGUUCAGCUUUUGGGAAUGAAGAAAGAACAAUAGCCAUGAAGAAUCAUCAACUUUUUGGAAAGAAGAGAAGCUUAGUACCAAACCGAACUGUUCAGCUUCUGGGAAUGAAGAAUGAACAAUGAUCUCCUUGAUCUUUCCUCAUUUAGUUCAGCUUUUGAUAACAUCAGACUUCAAAGCUGUUUUGUUUGAAACAUCAGAAGUUAGGCACACUCAUAGGCUUCUUAUCUUUGUAAUAUUUUUCUUCCCUACCAAACUUAAACUUCUAAUCUAUGUAAUUAUUAAAUCGUACCAACGUUUGCAGAUCAAUAUGUCAGGGAACUUAACGCUGCCUGUUCACCUCAUCCAAUAACUGUAUGUAUUUGCGAAUUUCCAAGGAACACUAUAAAUCAUUUCAAUGCACUAUGCAUUUUGAAUUUUUAUCA